AUGUCGGGACUCGUAGACACGGCCAAGAGCGCCACAAAUGACGCCACAGAACAAGUCCAGAACGUAGGAGAGUCUGCGCAGGAACAGAAGCAGCAGCAGCAGGCCGCCGCCUCGGACGCGGGCGUGCCGCGGUCCAUCCCAGACACAUCGGCAGACCACUCUGAGUAUGGUGCCGGCCACGACGGCUCCGGCGACGGCGAAGGGGAGAUGGUCCCCGCCGCCGGCCGCAUCAACGAGAAGGGCGAGGUCGUCGACGACGACGGCAACCCCAUCGGCAAGGUGACGAGCGGCGAAGCCAAGGAGUUUGUAGGCUUCGUCGUGACACAAGAAGGCGACGUCCUGAACGAGGACGGCGGUGUCGUCGGCAAGGCCGAGCCCCUCGAGGACGUUGCCUCGGAACUCAACUACACCACAAAAUCAGCCAAGGACGGCGUCCAGAGCUCGCGGGGCGACGGCGGCGGCGCCGGCGGCGGCCUCGGCAGUGUCGUGGGCGGUGUUACCAACGCGGCACAGUCAGUGGUCGGUGGUGCUGGUGAUGCAGCGAGCAAGACCGGCAAGACUGCGACAGAUACGGUCGGAGACGCCGCGAAAGGCACCACCGACACAGUUGGUGAGGCCACGGGCACCAAGGAUACUACUGGUGCCGUUGGUGACGCGGCAAAAGGUACGACAGAUGCCGCCGGCGAGACGGUCGAGGGUGCCACUGGCACGGUAGGCGAUGCUGCCAAGGGUGCUACCGAUGCCGUCGAGGGCGCUGCCGACGGUGAGAAGACCGCGGACCCGCAGGAUCUCGGCGAGAAGGUCAACGACACGGCCGAUGGCGCCAAGGAGACCGCAGAGGACGCCGCCGGCGAUGUCCAGGAGACUGCGGAGGGUGCCGCCGGUGAAGCCCAAGACACUGCGGAAGAACGUGCCCCUAUCGAACUCAGGGACGGUGAGGUGCCCAAGCUGGGCAGCGAAGCCGCCGAGAACCUCCCUGACGAGGUCCCUGCUCCCCAGACCAUUGGCGAUAUCGAGGUGCCUUCUCUUGCCCCCUCCGUCGCCAACAAGGUCGUCGGCCUCUUUGAAGGUCCCUUCACUGUCUCUGACGGUGGCAAGGUGACUGACAAGGAGGGCAAGAUCCUUGGCAAGCUGUCUGAGGGCCAGGACAUUCAAGACCUCAUCGGCAAGGAGAUCCACGGCAUUGACGCCGAGGGCAACCUGCUCGGCGAGAACGACACUGUCCUGGGCAAGGUCGACAUCGCCCCCGAGGGCACUGUUGCCGAGCAGGUAAAGGAGGAGAUCCCCGAGGCUGCCGAGCGGCUCGAGGCUCUCGAGAAGGUCGAGGAGCAGGCCAACCAGGCCAACGAGAUCAAGAUCCCCUCCUUUGCGCCCUCUGUUGCUGGCAAGGUCCUCGACAUGUUUGAGAGCCCCUUCAACGUCGCCGACGACGGCCAGGUCAAGGACGCCAACGGCAAGAUCCUCGGCAAGCUCGCCGAGGGCCAGGAGGUUGGCGACCUCGUGGGCAAGGACAUCAAGGGCAUCGACGCGCAGGGCAAUCUCCUCGGCGACAACGAGACCGUGCUUGGCAAGGUCGACAUUGUGCCCGAGGGCACCAUUGUCGAGCGUAUCAAGGACGAGGUCCCCGAGGCCGCCGAGCGCCUGGACGCCCUCGAGGAGGCCAAGCUCCCUGACCUGUCCAUCCUUGAGGGGCUCAAGAUCAACAAGGCUGGCAACGUUGUCGACAGCAACGGCAAUCCGGUCGGUAAGGUCUCCAGCGGCGACUUGAAGAAGCUGGCCGGCCGGACUGUCGGCAAGGACGGCAAGGUCUGGGACGACAGCGGCAACGUCCUGGGCGAGGUCGAGGUCCUGCCCGAGGCGGUCAAGAACGAGUCGUCGCCCUUUGAGGACUUCCCCGACGCCACAGUCGACAAGAACGGCAAGGUCAUCUUUGACGGCCGUCAGGUGGGCGUUGUCGACGGCGACGACUUCAAGAACCUCAUUGGCAAGAAGGUCGACGCUGAUGGCGACAUCCUGGACAAGAACGGUAACGUCAUUGGCCAUGCCACCCGUGCUGAAGCCGAAGACCCCGUCGAGCCCGAGGAGCAGAUUGACUACUCUGUCCUGCGCGACAAGAAGGUCAACAAGGCCGGCAAUGUUGUCGACGACAAGGGCACCGUCUGGGGCCGCGUUGUCCAGGGCAUCCUGCAGCACCUCGUCGGCAAGAAGGUCGGUGACAACGGCGAGAUCUACAACGACGCCGGCAAGGUCAUUGGCAAGGCCGAGCCCAUCCCCGAGAACGAGCGCGAGGACAACAAGGAGCCCUCGCCCUUUGAAGACUUCCCCGGGGCCACCGUCGCCGACGAGGGCAAGGUCCUCUUCAACGGCGAGCAGGUCGGCAUCGUCGUCGACGGCGACGCCAAGAAGCUCAAGGGCAAGACUGUCGAUGCCGACGGCGACAUCCUGGACAAGGCUGGCAAUGUUCUCGGCCGCGCCGAGCGCUGGGAGGCGCCCGAGGCCGAGCCGGAGCCCGAGGUCGACAACUCGAUCCUGGCCGGCAAGCGCAUCAACAAGGCUGGCAACGCCGUCGACAAGCACGGCGACAUCUAUGGCCGUGUCGUUGAGGGUGCCCUGCCUCGCCUGAUUGGCAAGAUGUGCGACAAGCAUGGCUUCAUCCGCAACGAGGGCGGCGACGUCAUCGGCAAGUGCGAGCUCAUCCCCGAGGCCGAGCGCGAGGGCAUGAAGGAGGGCCCCUUCUCCGAGCUGCCCAACUGCACUGUCAACAAGGAGGGCGAGAUUGUUACGCCCGGCGGCGACGUGGUCGGCCGCCUUGUCCAGGGCGACGCCAAGGUCCUCUUUGGCCGCGCAGUCGACGACGACGGCGACAUCCUCGACAAGAACGGCAACGUCCUCGGCAAGGCGGAGCGCUGGGAGAAGCCCGAGGUGCCCAAGGAUGUCAACCCCAUGUCUGGCCGCAAGGUCAACCGCGAGGGCAACGUGGUCGACGAGAACGGCGAUGUCAUUGGCAAGUUGACCAGCGGCGAGCUGAGCAAGUGCGCCGGCAAGAAGAUUGACGACGACGGCGACGUUAUCGACCAGAAGGGUUCCAUCCUCGGUCACGUCACCCUGCUCGAGGACAUCCCGCCUGAGGAGCCUAAGGAGGAGGAGUCCGAGGAGGACAAGCAGAAGCGCCUGCAGCUCGAGCAGGACCGCCAGAUUGCUGCUCGCAUUGCCGACUGCCUCACGCACUCGCUUGACCGCAUCAAGCCCAUCCUCAAGAUGAUCACUUCUAAAAUCGAGGCAGAGGAGGCCAAGCCCGAAGACGAGCGCGACGAGGAGGGUCUGGUCAGGGAGGUCCGCCCCUUGAUCGAGGAGGGCGGCAAGAUCCUGACCGAGGCGAACGGUGUGAUCCGCGGCCUCGACCCCGACGGACGCAUCGCGGCCAACGCGCAGCACAAGACGGCCGCGCGCGAGGCCACUCCCGAGGAGUACCGCCUGGCGGACCUUCUCAAGGAGCUCACGGGCCACGUCACCGAGACCAUUGAGAAUGCCAAGAAGAAGCUCGAGGGCAUGCCCCGGGCCAAGAAGGAGAUCAACCCGCUCUGGGGUCUUCUCGCGGAGCCCCUGUUCCAGAUCAUCGCCGCCGUCGGCCUCCUGCUCAGCGGCGUCCUGGGCCUGGUGGGCAAGCUGCUCAACGGUCUUGGUCUUGGUGGGCUCGUCAACAACCUCCUUGGUGGCCUUGGUCUGACCAAGGUGCUUAGCAGUCUUGGUCUCGGCGAUGUCGUCGACACUGUCACCGGCCAGGACAAGAAGGGCGGCAAGAAGAAGGGCGGUCUGCUUGGACUGUUCUAA